UUUACUCUUCGAUGCCAAAAGUGCUUGCUUUCUGUUGGUUCUCUCGGCACCGGUGUUGUCUGGUUCUUGAUCUUAUGAAAAAGCUUCGUUUUUCCGUUCUUGGGUAUUGAUUUGGAAGAUUUAUAGUCGGGGUUGUUGGAAUUUUGGUUUCACUAAUGAUGUUGAGCCUUACUUGAUGGUUGGAACUGAGAUUUUGAACCGUGGGAAGUAAAGACGGUGACAAUCGAGGCUCACGUAAGAGCUUCUUCUGCUUCACAAUGUUGGGAAUCAAGGCCAAACUUGUGGAAGUAAAGGACAAAUUCGGUCGUGGAAUUCGCGUGUUUGAAACUAUAGCAGCAUCUCCCUUUCAAAGUUCAGCCCCAGAGAAUGAUGAGACGGAUGACUUUUACGAGUUCACUGCAGAGGAUUACUAUCGUAUUAAGGCUGCCCAGAAAGCAGAUAAGGUCUUAAUGACCAGAAAACUUCGAGAAGCGGAAGAGGCAGCUCGAAGGUCAAGAGUGACAAAGGCUGUAAUUAGGGUUCGUUUUCCUGAUAAUAAUACUUUAGAGGCGACAUUUCAUCCAUCAGAGAAGAUCCAGAGCUUAGUUGAUCUCCUUGAAAAAGUGGUUGCCCAACCUGAACUGCCAUUUUAUCUAUAUACGACACCGCCGAAAAAGCAAAUAAAGGACAUGUCCCUCGACUUCUACUCUGCUGGCUUCAUUCCCGGUGCAAUAGUUUAUUUCUCAUAUGAUGUAUCGAAAGAUAAGGAUGUUGCAGCUGCUGAAAGCGGUCCUUUCCUCUCGGAGUAUGUAAUGGCAUUGAAAGGCUUGGAUUUGGAGUCAAUUGCCGAGCAGGCGAGGCCCGUCGAGUCUGCUCCAGAGUCUGAACAGGCUGCUCCUGCCCCGCCACCUGUUGUGCAAGAACGCAAGCCUGCUGAGAAAAAACUCGUCAAGCCCAAGUGGCUCAAGAUGUGACUUUCAAUCCCUGUCUGAGUUGAGUGGAUAAAGCAUCUGCUGAACUUUCAAAUCUUCCUAAAACUCGAAAGAAGGCUGAUCAUGGAGAGGAGAGUGUUCUUCGGAGCUGAAGCUUAAGUCUACAUGGCAACUCUACGACAAACUUUGGUCCUGGAGAGCAAAAUGUUUCUUGGUGUAGUAAUAUAUCUUUGCAGGACCGUCCGAUGAACGUUAGGUCUAUGGAUGUGCAAAUCUUCCAUGAUUGUGAAUGUCCACCGAGGUUGUUUUCUGUUUAGCUUUCUGUACAUUGUUUUGAUGGUUUCAAAUUCGAUUCAUCUAAGAAAUUUGUAAUAGCGCCAGUCCGAAAACGAACAUACUAUCGGGAACCGGAAGGUGAUUGUUUGAACAAGAAGAGAUAAAUAGUUAACUUGCAUGAA